ACAACGAUAACAGGUGCAAAUGGUGCACUUUAAAAGAACGGACAGCUGAUUCCAGCAUUUCUAGCCGAUUGUCAGCUCGAAUCUCAUCGAGGAAGGUUCGGCGCUAUAUCGCUGUUUAUCACAUGGCUGUGGGAGAUGAGAUCUUUAUUCAUUUCCUUGUCAUGACAACGGAUGCUGAGCAAGGAUGUCGAGAAAGCACGGGAGCACGACUAAAGUCGAUUAUAAGGCGCGACUCGAGUACAAACUAUAUCUGGCCAGGGAAAACCCGGAGCCAGUGUUCGAUGUAUCGGAAUGUGCCUUGAAGAAUGUGCCAUCGGGCAUCUAUUCACUUUGCAAAGUGUUCCGAAAAAAGAUCUUGCUAAUGUAUGAUAAUAAACUGAGCUCACUCUCGGGUGGAGGUGCCUUAUGUGACUUGUCAUUGUUGACUGUCUUAGACAUUCAUGGAAACGAGUUUACCGCAUUACCUUCUGAUAUUAAGCAUCUCUCAUCCCUUAAGGAGCUUCAUUUGCAAGACAACAACAUCCGCAAACUGCCCAACGAAAUAGUGUACUUGAAUAAGUUAAUAAUUUUGAAUGUCUCGAGGAAUAACCUGAAGCAGCUGCCUGAUGGCAUCGGACAGCUGCAACAGCUGAACAUUCUUGAUAUUAGUCACAACAAAUUGUUGUACAAUCUGCCCAAAUCUCUAGGCUAUGCUCAACAACUGACGAGUCUAAAUAUCGACGGAUUAAAUCUGUCGUACCCACCUCAGGAUAUUUUAGAUGGCGGUACGAUAGUGAUUAUCGCAUUUUUGGCGAAUGAGAGCGGCGUCGAUUACUCGCCAGAGAAUUCGGUAUCAGAGAUUGAUAUUUCAACAGAUAUGAGCUCGGAUGACAUGCAGACGGUAUACCAUAAUAAGAGUAACGACGUGCAGGUAUUAUAA